AUGACAGGAGUGAACGCCGUCAGUAAGACCGCCUUCCACAUUGAUGUGGGCUACGAGUGCUUCCUGGGCCCCGAGAUCUUCUUCCACCCCGAGUUUGCUAACCCAGACUUCAUGCAGCCGAUCUCUGAUGUCAUCGAUGAGGUCAUCCAGAACUGUCCAAUCGAUGUGAGGAGGCCACUCUAUAAGAACAUCGUGCUCUCAGGAGGAUCCACCAUGUUCAAAGACUUCGAGAGGCUGCAGAGAGACCUGAAGACAGUCGUAAACGCUCGACUGAAACUCAGUGAAGAACUGAGUGGAGGACGGAUAAAGCCGGAGCCGAUGGAGGUCCAUGUCGUCACACAUCCCAUGCAGCGCUACGCUGUGUGGUUUGGAGAUUCCAUGUUGGCGUCCACGCCCGAGUUCCUCCAGGUGUGUCACUCUAAGAAGGACUACGAUGAGAUCGGCCCGAGCAUCUGUCGGCUCAACCCCGUGUUCGGCGUCAUGUCCUGA